AUGCUGCCUGCAACCUUCAAACUGUGUGCUGGCAUCUCUUACCGGCAUACGAGAAACAUGACAGGUUUGAGGAAGAGUGCCUUGGUGGCCUUUCACCACGAGCUGAGCAGACUGGCAGGUCCAGGCCCCACUAACUGGAUCAACAAUGUUCGCAGACGAAGCUCCCUGCUCAGUUCUCGGAUUAAAGAGGAGACUGGAUACAGCGAGGAGGAGAUGUCUUAUGUGAAGCAGGGGGAGAACGCUCUGCAGAAGGCCAUCAACAUCCUCGGCGAGCAGGAUGGCUGGACCACUGAAACUGUUGCUGCAAACGGAGACAAAGUCCUGAGUAAGGUGUUGCCUGACAUCGGGAAGGUGUUCAAGCUGGAGGUGAUGCUGGAGCAACAUUCUGACAACCUUUACGAGGAGCUGGUGGGGAACAUUGAACAAAUGGGGGAGUGGAACCCUAAUGUCAAACAAGUCAAGAUCCUCCAAAAGAUCGGCAAGGACACCAUGGUGACUCAUGAGAUGUCUGGGGAGACGCCCGGCAACGUUGUGGGACCAAGGGACUUUGUCAGUGUCCGCUGUGUCAAACGCAGAGGCUCCGCCUGCUUCCUGGCUGGGAUGUCCACUCAGCAUCCAAAAAUGCCCGAGCAGAGGGGGGUAGUCCGGGCGGAGAAUGGGCCGACCUGUAUAGUUAUGAAGCCGAGUGCUGAAGACCCGAAUAAGACCCAGUUCACCUGGUUACUGAGUCUAGACUUAAAGGGCUGGAUCCCAAAGACAAUCAUAAACAAAGUGCUCUCUCAGACGCAGGUGGACUUUGCCAACCACCUCAGGCAAAGGAUGGCUAAUAAUGUUUCUAUGGAGAUGGCUCAUGCCUGCUGACACAAGAUGCCUCUUGAGCUUUGGCACAGUGCACUCAACAGGGGGAGAAAA